AUUUGUCGUGCUUUCUUUUUCUGGUCUGUCGGUCACGUGUAGCUCAGGGCACGUCAGCCGACAAGAAUGGGCAAAUAGACAAAAACAAACGUGGCCUCGAAGAAGUCUUUCUGAAAUAUACUUUAAGUAAAUGGAGGCCUAAUGUAAAUACGAUGACGUUGUUCCUAGCUAUUCUAUUAUUACUACGACCCCAGAACAUUGUCUCUGUUGUGGUCACAUGGUACAGCGGCCUUAACCUCUCUAUCUCCAGUAAGGAGCGGGUGGUACAGCAGGAACCUGUCUGAACAGGCGACCUCAUCACGGCCAGAGGAAUUGGACAACGCUCCCCCUCUGGCCGUCUGCCAGACACAGAGAGAACGCGCUGGGGGGGUGUAACACACUGGAAUGCAUUAUCUCCCUCUGUAUUUCCUUGGGUAACGGAAAGGCAAAGGUUGUGUAAAGAGACACCGUCUUUAACUGAGGAUCUCUGACUAACCCACAACAGACACACCUGCGGACGUACAAAUUCACUUUUGGAUUCCGCCAGCCUGUCCCCACCUCUGCCUCCUCAGUCAUGGCCGUGCUUUCGGAGAGAGAGAUCAUCUGAGGCUGGCCGAAUACGCACCAGGCAAUGCGCUUGUCUAAUGCGGGACAAACCAGGGAGCGGGAAACUUUUACUGCUGGUUGAUGCAUCUCUUUCUUGGAAUGCAAACAUGUCUAAAAGUGAUCCUCUGGUGACGGUGGGACCGAGGAGAAGAAAUGGUGAAACCACAGAUUUAUUUGAAAUGAUUGAGAAGAUGCAGGGCAACAGAAUGGACGAGCAGCGAUGUACCUUCCCUCCCCCGCUCAAAACUGAAGAGGACUACAUUCCUUACCCCAGUGUCCAUGAGGUGUUGGAGAGAAAAGGCGGCUUUCCCCUUAUUCUGCUUCCUCAGUUUGGGGGUUACUGGAUCGAGGGGAACAACCAUGAGCUGAGUGACGGCACUGACCUAGACCAGAUCCAGCCGCUGUCACCGACCACUCGUAACAAGCUGGAGAGUAACUCCACCGCCAAGAUCUACCGGAAACACUUCCUGGGCAAGGAGCACUUUAAUUACUACUCAGUGGACGGAGCUUUGGGACACCUGGUGUUCUCCUUGAAGUAUGACGUGAUCGGAGACCAGGAACACCUGCGUCUCAUGCUCAGGACCAAGAUGAAGACGUACCACGAUGUGAUACCCAUUUCUUGUCUCACAGAGUUCCCGAACGUGGUGCAGAUGGCCAAGCUCGUCUGUGAAGAGGUAAACGUGGAUCGUUUUUACCCUGUCCUCUACCCAAAAGCUUCAAGACUCCUAGUUACGUUUGACGAACAUGUUAUAAGCAACAACUUUAAGUUCGGAAUCAUUUACCAAAAGUUUGGACAGACAUCAGAAGAGGAGCUGUUUGGCAACAGUGACGAGAGCCCCGCUUUUGUUGAAUUCCUAGAGUUUCUGGGGCAGAAGGUGGAGCUGCAUGACUUUAAAGGGUUCCGUGGCGGUUUAGACGUGACCCAUGGGCAGACAGGCACUGAGUCUGUCUACCACAACUACCGCAACAAAGAGGUCAUGUUUCAUGUGUCCACCAAGCUGCCUUACACUGAGGGGGACUCCCAACAGUUGCAGCGGAAGAGGCACAUAGGGAACGACAUCGUGGCCAUCGUGUUCCAGGAGGAGAGCACGCCCUUCGUACCUGACAUGAUAGCCUCCAAUUUCCUACAUGCCUAUGUGGUGGUGCAAGUGGCCAACGCCUGUACUGACAAUGUGCUGUACAAGGUGUCAGUGACAGCUCGAGAUGACGUGCCAUUCUUUGGGCCACCCCUGCCAGACCCGGCCGUCUUUAGAAAAGGUCCAGAAUUCCAGGAGUUUCUCUUCACUAAGCUCAUCAAUGCUGAGUAUGCCUGCUGCAAAGCAGAGAAGUUUGCCAAACUAGAAGAACGUACCCGGUCAGCCCUCCUAGAGACCCUGUAUGAGGAACUGCACAUCAACAGCCAGGCAAUGAUGGGUCUGGGAGGUGAUGAGGACAAGAUGGAGAACGGGUCCGGAGGAGGAGGGGGCUUCUUUGAGUCCUUUAAGCGGGUGAUCCGCAGCAGAAGCCAGUCUAUGGAUGCCAUGGGUCUCAAUAUCAGGAAGACACACACUGUCUCUUCUAGUAUCAGCGGCAACUUUAACCACAACCCACCCGAGAGCCCCAAAUUCCCAGGGAUAUCAUUGCUUGUCCCAGGGAAAAGUCCCAGUAAAUAUGGACGUCGAGGCAGUGCCAUAGGGAUAGGAACAAUAGAAGAGUCUUUGAUCAUCCCCGGGAAGAGUCCGACCAGGAAGAAGUCUGGUCCCUUUAGCUCUAGACGUAGCAGUGCCAUUGGCAUCGAGAAUAUCCAGGAAGUCCACGAGAAAAUCCUUGUCCCCUCCCCGCUCAGCAGCAGUCAGAACAGUAGGGAGUGUUCAUCUGGCACACAGAAGACUCCUGACAGCGGCCACGUCUCCCAGGACCCCAAGUCCGAAAACUCCUCCAAUCAGAGCUCACCAGAGGUGGCCACUACAAAGAACAUGUUUUCUCUUUGUAACACCAGAGCUCCAUCCAUCCCUGAGGGUCAUGACCUUUCCCGCUCCUCCUCCAAUGCCAGCAGCUUUGCCAGUGUGGUGGAGGAGAACGAAACAGAAGCCACGGAGGACUACGACACCGGCAUGGAGAGCCUAUCGUCAGCCGGGACACCCCACAAGCGGGACUCCUUGACCUACAGCACCUGGCUGGAGGACAGCAUGAGCAGCACGACGAGCACCACCAGCCGAUGCAGCUCACCAGGUCCUGGUAAAACGGAUGGAGGUAAAGGGUCAGAAAUCCGCAUCAAACUGGACCGGCCACAGGACCAUCAGUCCUCAUCGAACUGUUAGCCUAUCCAAACUGGUUAAUUCCUGGAUAUCCAUCUGCAGCAUUCCCAUAAGACCCAAUCCUUCCGGGAGAAGAGGAGAACGCAGGCUUUCGCUGUAACUAAUGAUGACGAUGAACAGAUGAAGCCUGGCCAGUCUGCCGGUCAGUGAGGCCAGUCCAGCUCUUCCCAGAAGCCCCGGUGGUUGCGUUGAUGGUGGCUAGCCGUGCCCGGAGAUACACAGAGGCGUUGUUUCUUUCUGCUCCGUCCUCUGCCUGUCUGGGUGUACACACAUCUACUGCCUGUCUUUGUGUUUCAGAAAUUGUGUUGCCUGUAAAUUGUUUUAUUUGUCCCAGUGAACAAAUGGUACAUUUGGUUGAGUUUUCGUUGAGGUCUACUUCACUGUACAUAGACAUGCGGAUCACACAGGGUAUCGAAAGUGCCAUUGACACUGCCAGGGACCUUGGGAGGAGGCCUGUCGAUGUUGUCGUGGAUUCUACUGUAUAGUGAUAGUAGCACUGCCUGGAAAAAAAAAAUGCUUUCAAUUGGAUUGAACCCGUUUACUUUUUCAGUUUUCCAUAUAUCCAACAACAAAGUGUCAUUUUUUUAAAUUAAAUGUUAGUUAAGUUGAAUACAGUUUAAUGUGUUAGUGAUUUUUCAGGUAAGGUGAUUGUAAUUUGUCUAUUUCCUAUAGCUUUAAUUACUUGGUGUAUAGUACUGUACAGCCAAACACAAUUGCUCCAGGAAAGAGUGAAUAUUUUCUUCUUAAUAUUUAAUAAGUGGGAUAUUCUCAUCUCAAUAUACAAUGUACUUCAAGUCUCACCUGCUCAUACUGUAAAUGAAAAAGAAGAUAGAUAAGUAACAAGAGAGAAUGGACAUAGCCUUAAAAUUAAAAAAAUCAAGUUUUAUUCAAUUUAUUUUGGGGCAUUUUAUGCUUUUAUGUGUAGAGGAGAGAAAGUGUGAAAGACAGAGAGAGUACAGAAAUAGCAGUUUGCCAGAAUCUAACCUAUGCUACUAUGGUAUUAUGUGUACCAGCUGUUUGUUAUUGACUGCUAGACCACCUUAGAUGACAGAAUACUGUUUCUCUAAACGUUCAGUAUUACUGUACGUUCAUUAUUUCUUCCCUUAUCGACGUCGUUUCCGAUUUUAUGGGUACAUUCUGUUCAUGUUUCAUACUGUUUUUGCACGUAGGAUGUUUAACUGGUACCGAUUUAUUUUUGUGAACCGCCAUACCUUUUUAUAAUGUUAAGCUGUUCAUUUUAGCUUUGCACUUUCCGUCUUUUGAGGUAGCUCUAUCCCACUGUGUGUAUCAAGCAGGUUAUUGAAGUGAAGUAUGAAGAAAUGUGUUGAUGACUAAAGGGGUAUUCAUAACCAUAUUAUUGAAUCAUGGACUGUGUUUGUCCACCAAGCUAGUUUGCUGGUCGAUCUGCUUUGCAUAACAAAGUGUUGCGGUACCCACAGAAUUUGUUUUUCAUAUUAAUUUAUUUGGGAGGGAGAUGGGACACAAUGGUUGGCCUGCUAUUAUACUAUAUAUUUUAUUGAUAUUCCUACAUUGUUGAUGAUCGAUGGAUAGUAUAUUAUGGUAGAGAUGUACAGGGAUGAAUCUUUCAGUUUGUACAGUCCACCCACCAUGGUGACACUCCAUUCCAGAUCUACUGUAGUCUAAGUACUGUUUCCAAGUGAAAAUCAUGAUGGUGUAAUACAGUUUAUCAUUAUACAAACAAUGCUGUUUAUUCUGUGCAGUGCUAAAAAGUUAUCUAAAUAAGUGUAAUUUCAAGUUCCAUUUGAAAAUAAGCUUUAAAAUAAACUGGGUAAGCAGUAAAAGAGGAAGACAACUGUAUAGUGACUUGGUGUUCCCUGACAACUGACAACUGUAUGAGGAGAGGUUACAAAGCAACAGUGAAAGCAACUGAAGUUUAAUGAAGAAUGGAUAUUGAACAGAUUCUGUAUAUGUCUACAACUGCCCUGAGGGAUGUUAUAUUCCACUACAUUUAGCAAAUUAUUUUGUUUAUAUCUCUGUGUUGAUAAGGCAUGUUACAUAUUCAUUGUCCUACUGCUGUCCCCUGAACAGAGAUGAUGUCUUGUAAAUAAAGAUGCCACUCAUACUGAUAUUUCUUCCCAGGGUUUAUCUAGCUACAACACAGAUCCAUAAGCCACCAUAACACUUGUGUCUGUCAAACCAUUAAAUGCCUGUAGCCAUCUGUAUACCUCUUCAUCCUCUUUCUGUGCUGAAUGAAACCAUUGAAAGAAUGUCCUAUAAAUAAGUUAUUUGAUGGGCCAACCACCAUUGGUCUCUAAAUGUAGAGCACUCUAAAAGUGGAAGCUCCUCCUCUCUUACAUAACUGUGCCACAUGGCAACCAGAAUUGAAAUAUGAAUGAGUCUUCAACUCUUCGUCAUUGAGGGGGUGAAAAACAUUGUAUCAAUAUGGGACAAUUACUGAGAUGCAUAUUUUUCAUUAUUAUUAUUUUUGUAUUUUUAAUUUUUUACAAAAUAUGAAUGAUGUAUACUGCUGGUUAAGCUACUACUCACAACAUGUAAUCUUCCCUAUGUCUUUAAGGUAGCUGUGCUCCAGUCUUUACAUUAGUCCAGUGCAGACCAAAACACCAGAGUGAUGGUGCCCUCCAGUGGUGUGGACUUUUAUUGCUGUGCUUAUGUUAUGGUCAUAUUAAAGAUGGUAAUCUAGUAGAGCACUAUUAGCACUACCCCAUCAGGAUAUUGGAAUUGAAAUUAUCAGUUAAUUAGAAAAUGCAUCAACACUGCUUCAGUGUUACUGUGAUCUAUUGAAAUGAUUGUAUUUGUGUUUUAAUAGUUUCUUGUAAAUAUGUUUUCCUCGUGUGUAAAUAUUGACAAAAUAUUAAAUAAAGAACCUGA